AUGAAGAAACACAGAGGCAUCCGCAACCACGUCUGCAAUGUGUGCAACAAGGCCUUCUACGAGGUGUCCAAGCUUAACGCGCACAUGAGGGUUCAUACUGGUGAACGUCCCUUCGAAUGCCAAUACUGCGAGCGCCGCUUCGCCCAACAAUCCGCGCUGAUCUACCACCGGCGCACGCACACUGGUGAAAAACCUUACAGCUGCAAGCUCUGCGCCGCUCGGUUUACCACCUCGUCGGCUAGAAACAAUCAUAUGGUCACACACACUGGCAACAAGAGGUUCGUGUGCCCCGUGUGCUUCAAGGGCUGCACGUCGCGCGCGGAGCUGCGCGUGCACUCGAGCAAACACACAGGGGAGAAACUGUUCGGCUGCACGCUCUGCUCGGCUCGCUUCAGCUCGGCUUCGUACCUCGCGGUACAUAGGCGGCAUCACAGUGGCGAACGGAAAUAUAGCUGCAACGUUUGUGGUCGAGGGGAGAAACUGUUCGGCUGCACGCUCUGCUCGGCUCGCUUCAGCUCGGCGUCGUACCUCGCGUGCCAUGGACACACAGGGGAGAAACUGUUCGGCUGCACGCUCUGCUCGGCUCGCUUCAGCUCGGCGUCGUACCUCGCGGUACAUAGGCGGCAUCACAGUGGCGAACGGAAAUAUAGCUGCAACGUUUGUGGUCGAGGUUUCAUGGAAUCCGGUUCAUACAAGAAGCAUAUGAAAACCCACGAAGUUAAGCCCGAAGAUUCUUCAGAGUCCACGGAAAUAGAUAAGGGGGAAGAGGAAGACAGUCAAACAGGGGAAGAGCAGGAUAGUCCUCAGUCCGAGGUUCAAGAGCAGAUCGAAGUGGAAGUGCCGCCUGCGCAGAGAAGAUACAAGUGCGGUAUCUGCGUGAAAACGUACAUGUACCUGCACAGUUUGAAGAAACACAUGGCCACACAUGUACAGCCACAACAGCAGCAGCAACAACAACAACAGCAACAACAGCAGCAACAGCAACAACAAGUGCACCAAGUCCAACAGAUCCAAGUGCAGCAACAGCAAGUCCAGCAGCAGCAGCAAGUGUCGGUGCAGCAAGUUGGCGCGCAGCUGCAGCAGCAGGUGCUGCAGGUCGGCGGCGUGCAGCAGCUGACGAUGCCGCAGCAGCCGUCAUUCGUACAGCAAGUCGGCGCGCAGCUGCAGCAACAAGUGCUGCAGGUCGGCGGCGUGCAGCAGCUGACGAUGCCGCAGCAGCCGUCAUUCGUACAGGUAACAACAACAACUAGUGCAGCAACAGCAAGUCCAGCAGCAGCAGCAGGUGUCGGUGCAGCAAGCUGCGCGCAGCUGCAGCAGCUGACGAUGCCGCAGCAGCCGUCAUUCGUACAGCAAGUCGGCGCGCAGCUGCAGCAGCAAGUGCUGCAGGUCGGCGGCGUGCAGCAGCUGACGAUGCCGCAGCAGCCGUCAUUCCAAGUCCAGCAGCAGCAAGUGUCGGUGCAGCAAGUCGGCGCGCAGCUGCAGCAGCAAGUGCUGCAGGUCGGCGGCGUGCAGCAGCUGACGAUGCCGCAGCAGCCGUCAUUCCAAGUCCAGCAGCAGCAAGUGUCGGUGCAGCAAGUCGGCGCGCAGCUGCAGCAGCAAGUGCUGCAGGUCGGCGGCGUGCAGCAGCUGACGAUGCCGCAGCAGCCGUCAUUCCAAGUCCAGCAGCAGCAAGUGUCGGUGCAGCAAGUCGGCGCGCAGCUGCAGCAGCAAGUGCUGCAGGUCGGCGGCGUGCAGCAGCUGACGAUGCCGCAGCAGCCGUCAUUCCAAGUCCAGCAGCAGCAAGUGUCGGUGCAGCAAGUCGGCGCGCAGCUGCAGCAGCAAGUGCUGCAGGUCGGCGGCGUGCAGCAGCUGACGAUGCCGCAGCAGCCGUCAUUCGUACAGCAAGUCGGCGCGCAGCUGCAGCAGCAGGUGCUGCAGGUCGGCGGCGUGCAGCAGCUGACGAUGCCGCAGCAGCCGUCAUUCGUACAGGUAACAACAACAACUAGUGCAGCAACAGCAAGUCCAGCAGCAGCAAGUGUCGGUGCAGCAAGCUGCGCGCAGCUGCAGCAGCAAGUGCUGCAGGUCGGCGGCGUGCAGCAGCUGACGAUGCCGCAGCAGCCGUCAUUCCAAGUCCAGCAGCAGCAAGUGUCGGUGCAGCAAGUCGGCGCGCAGCUGCAGCAGCAGGUGCUGCAGGUCGGCGGCGUGCAGCAGCUGACGAUGCCGCAGCAGCCGUCAUUCCAAGUCCAGCAGCAGCAAGUGUCGGUGCAGCAAGUCGGCGCGCAGCUGCAGCAGCAAGUGCUGCAGGUCGGCGGCGUGCAGCAGCUGACGAUGCCGCAGCAGCCGUCAUUCCAAGUCCAGCAGCAGCAAGUGUCGGUGCAGCAAGUCGGCGCGCAGCUGCAGCAGCAAGUGCUGCAGGUCGGCGGCGUGCAGCAGCUGACGAUGCCGCAGCAGCCGUCAUUCGUACAGGCUGCACACUCCCCGUACCCUGUGAUAUCGUCAGUGCAAUCGUUGCAGUUGCAGCAAACUCAGCAACAUGUUAACACGCAACAGCCGCAGCUGCAGGUGCAGACAAUACAGAUACAUCCGCAGCACCAACCGAUACAGAUACAUGCGGUGGGCGUGCAGCAGGUGCAGCAACAGCAGCUGCAUGUGGCCACGUCCAGCUGUCAGACCAUGCUGCCCAACAUACUGCAGCUGGGCGGCGGCACGGUGGCGGUGUCGGGGCUGGGCGGCGCGGACCUGGGCGGGGUCGCGCACCGCAUCAUUCUGCAGCCCCCGCAGCACCCCGCUGUCUACACGCUGCACCACUAGUGCAU